AUGGAAUGGAAUAUCUCGAGCGCUCCUGGCGGGGUCGACGCGGAGAAGUGGACGCCCGAAGCAGGCGACAAGGAGCUGGAGGCCGUGGUGCGGGACACGCUGCUCACUGGUGACCAAGACAAGGUUCUCAAAGAGCUAACUAGCAGGAAGCCAAGUCUUUCCGCCAAGGCUCUGCGGCCAAAGGUUCGUGCCAUGCACAAUGCUGUCACGAGGAUCAUCCCGGCUGACAAGUGGGAGAAAACAGAAGGAGUGCGCAGAUCAAAGCAGAAGAAGGACGAGUCUGGCAGCAGUGCUUUUCUGAAGAACAUCGAGCGGGUGUGUGCGAAGGUGAAUUCGUCUGUGGACGACCAGACGCGCCGCCUUUUUUCCCACAACUGUGCGGGCGUGGACAGACCCAAAGAACGGCAGGUGGAGAUUGACAUACAAAACCGAGCAUGUCCAAGCGGGUCGAAGCGUCUCAUGGACAAGCGUUGGAAGUCGGCGUGCUGCCGUGGAAUGCGUCAAGCAGGCCUGGCGCUGGUCCGGCUGCACGAAGGAAAUUCAAUGCCGGAUAGUGUCGGAGCUAGGCUCACAGCUCUUGAGAAGGCUGAGCAGAUAUUGGUUUCACAUUUGACGUACCAGAAGUUGCGCUUGCCACACUUUGCCAAGUUCUGCCUCGCAGCUGUUGAAUUGAGUCACACGAGUUGA